CGAUCACCGUACUCGCUGGGGCUACUGCCUGUGUGACGUCAGCGAGAGCUAGCUGCAAAGUUCCUUGCCGUUCUUUGCUGAUGUCGGGGAGCUGAAAAUUAAAAGGGUGAACGUGGAGUUAUGGGUUGGCCGGGUUUUUUUCUUUUCCUAUUUUCACUCUUUAUUGUAAAUUCUGCAGGUAAAGCGAUAGUGAGCCGGGAGCUUAAAGACAUCUGUAGAGGAGGGGUGAGUCAGCGGGUGCAGAAGGACUAAGAAUUGGUUCCUUUGGAGAGACGGUCGCCUCUUUCCCCAGAGAGGAGGCGGCGGGGCUGCUCCUGGGACCGAACCCCCGUCCCCUCCCCGCUCCAGGGGAACGCGGGGCCGACGACGCCCCGCAGCCGCCUCGGUCUUGGCCAGCGUUCCGCGUCCACUUCCCCCGGCCUGCGCGCGCAGAAGCUGGAUCUAGCACGAGUCCACCGCGCGCCGGUCACACCGUGGGUAACUGCGGGCCGGGAGAAGCGCCCAGAUGCCGGCGGUCCCCGCCUUUGAGAGUCGACGGCACACCGGUACUUGAUUGUGGGCAGCGGGGAGGCUGGCGCUAGAUUGUUGAAUUCCCAGUUACGCGCAGAAUGCCCAAUCUUCUAAGCAGGACGGAUCGGACAGUACGGAGAAGCGGGCUCCUGUAGUUCUGGGAUUGCAUUUUGCAACGUGUCUCCUCGAGCUUCGCGCCAAGCCUGGGGGAGGGAGGGAGUUGGGGCCGGAAGGCCAGCGCCGCGGGUGGAUAGGGUCCGCGGGUAGCCCCGCGUGUGCGUCCCUGGCCAUGUCGCCUUUAAUGCCCUGCCCUUUUGCGUGGCCUUCUGAGGGUUUCCAGGGCAGGCCGGGGUUGCUUCCCACCCACACGCCCUCUCUCACCCCCAGCUAACCCCAGCGGGCAAGGCUCCCCAGAGCCGAGACCUUUUGACUCUGCUCCCUCGCUCCCGCCUCCGCCCUCGUCCGGGGGUGGCUCCCGAGAGCCGGACCUCGCCGGCCCCGGCUGGGACCAUGGUGUUUCUCUCUGGGAAUGCCUCCGACAGUUCCAACUGCACCCAUCCGCAGGCGCCAGUGAACAUAUCCAAGGCCAUUCUGCUCGGGGUGAUCUUGGGGGGCCUCAUCAUUUUUGGUGUGCUGGGCAAUAUCCUAGUGAUCCUCUCCGUGGCCUGCCACCGGCAUCUGCACUCGGUCACUCACUACUACAUCGUCAACCUGGCGGUGGCCGACCUCCUCCUCACCUCCACGGUGCUGCCCUUCUCUGCCAUCUUUGAGAUCCUGGGCUACUGGGCCUUUGGCAGGGUUUUCUGCAAUAUCUGGGCGGCGGUGGACGUCCUGUGCUGCACCGCGUCCAUCAUGGGACUCUGCAUCAUCUCCAUCGACCGCUACAUCGGUGUGAGCUACCCGCUGCGCUACCCCACCAUCGUCACCCAGAAGAGGGGUCUCAUGGCCCUGCUCUGUGUCUGGGCGCUCUCCCUCGUCAUCUCCAUCGGGCCUCUGUUUGGCUGGAGGCAGCCGGCCCCUGAAGACGAGACCAUCUGCCAGAUCACCGAGGAGCCGGGCUACGUGCUCUUCUCGGCCCUGGGCUCCUUCUACGUGCCACUGACCAUCAUCCUGGUCAUGUACUGCCGGGUCUACGUGGUGGCCAAGAGGGAAAGCCGGGGCCUCAAGUCCGGCCUCAAGACUGACAAGUCGGACUCGGAGCAGGUGACGCUCCGCAUCCAUCGGAAAAAUGCCCCGGUAGGAGGCAGCGGGGUGUCCAGCGCCAAGAACAAGACGCACUUCUCCGUGAGGCUCCUCAAAUUUUCCCGGGAGAAGAAAGCGGCCAAAACACUGGGCAUCGUGGUCGGCUGCUUCGUCCUCUGCUGGCUGCCUUUUUUCUUAGUGAUGCCCAUUGGGUCUUUCUUCCCUGAUUUCAAGCCCUCAGAAACAGUUUUUAAGAUAGCGUUUUGGCUCGGAUACCUAAACAGCUGCAUCAACCCUAUUAUAUACCCAUGCUCCAGUCAAGAGUUUAAAAAGGCCUUUCAGAAUGUCUUGAGAAUCCAGUGUCUCCGCAGAAAGCAAUCUUCCAAACACGCCCUGAGCUAUACCCUGCACCCACCCAGCCAUGCCCUGGAGGGCCAACACAAGGACCUGGUGCGCAUUCCAGUGGGAUCGGGAGAGACCUUCUAUAAGAUCUCCAAGACGGAUGGGGUCUGUGAGUGGAAAUUUUUCUCUUCGAUGCCCCGUGAAUCUGCCAGGAUUACAGUGUCCAAAGACCAAUCAGCCUGCACCACAGCCCGGGUGAGAAGUAAAAGCUUUUUGCAGGUGUGCUGCUGUAUGGGGCCCUCGACCCCCAGCCAUGGAGAGAACCACCAAGUUCCAACCAUUAAGAUCCACACCAUCUCCCUCAGUGAAAAUGGGGAGGAAGUCUAGAGGACAGGAAAGGACUUUUAACCAUGAAACUGCCUGCACACAGCUCCGGUCCAGCCCGAUUGGAACACACUGUUGGCACCUGCUCCUCGUCUACGUGCUGUGCUGGGGAGCAGGGCUGAGCCCAGGCUGCUGUGGGGUCCACCGUCUUCAAAAGGCAAUGACAACAGUGGCCUCCUGGCCCUCCAAAGUCCCCGCAAGAUGAAUGAGUGGAGAUGACUUUGGGGGCUGGGCUGGCAAAAAGCAAAUUAGGAUUUCGGCAGAGGACACCCAGCCCCUUGCCGUUGCCCCCAUCUGCCUUGCUUCCUUCAUGCCUCCCAAGACCCAGAUGUCAUGGGGGCUGAGGGUGGAACCCAUCUGCCCUGUGCAGGAAAAUGUCAUUUCUUCUUUGCUGCUGCAAUAUGGAUUCCGGAGUCCUCCGCCUAAAAGGAAAGCUAUGGCGGUGGGCAGGGGGCAGUGUUGAGAAGGAAGGGAAGACCUACCCCGGGGCAUCGCUCAAAGCGGGAUGUAUGGUUUAGUAAUAUUUGUUACAACUGAUAAGCAAGGAACUGCCCUGAAGCUGGUUGCUUCUCUGUUUCCCAAAACAAAAUGAUUAUCUUUCCUUUCCGUGUCGCUCAGUCAUUAAUUACAUCACUGUCCCUUGAUAUCAUAGUCAACGUAGCCACCUCAUAAGCUGGAAAUGCUUAGUGUUAAACUAUGAGAAGUAGAGACUUGAUCAGGUAAGAAGAAAUCUAAGAGCAAAUCCAUACUGUGUUUGUAGGAAGAAAAUAAUGAAGGCACCGACCUGUUAAAAAGUCCAGGUACAGUAGGUGCAUUCGGAUGCAACAGAAAAGAAGCUAAAACAGAAAGUCCCAGUGUGAGCUUAGUAUUUCCUUCCGUUUAUGUAACGCUUUGUACUUGUCCAGGUAAUUUCGCCUAUCUCGGGUCAUUCCCGUGAAGGACAGAGAGAAGGAAGGGUGUAUUAUCUCUACUGACCACAUGGAGAAACAAGGGGGCAUAGAGAUUUAAGGAUGCUUUGAAUAGCCCCAUAUCCAACCUCUGACUCCUCUUUUCGUGAUGCCCUCAGUAUCCACAAGGUCCACUGUGUUUCUUGGGACCGUGAAUUUCAUGUCACUCAUUUGUCUCUGAUCCACAUUUUCAGUUCCAUUGUCACCUUCUCUGCUAUUACAUCCUUGCCAGCGGCUGGCCAGUGCAAGAUUGUCCUCGGGUUCAGUGCACAUUUGUCUCUGCUUCCCUUAUUGGCUAAAGGACAAGCAAAUGUGAUUCUGUUCUGUCUCCCUAGAUAGGCAGGAUCAGAGCCAAGGAAGGAAGCAGAGCAGGGGGCUCUUGGCUUCCUCAAUAGGGUGACACUGUAAGGCAAAGCCAGCAGUGAUUAACAACCUAAGGACCUCAGGAAUGCAAAGAUGGAAAAGGGAGUUUCUGGAAGGCUCAGGUGAGCCUGAGGGUGGUUGUGACAGUACCGUUUUGUCAUUGUCGGCAAACUGCCCUCUUCCUCCCCUGCACCGGGCACUGCAUUUGGUACAAAAAAAUACUUAGGAGGCACAGGCAGUCCCCAGCUGGGUGUGUUCCAAGUUCAUUUGUUGCAAAGUCAAGAAUGCGUGUUGCCAAGAAGCAUUGUUAUAGAUGGGGGAGGGGAGGGGUGUUCCCAAACCAACUAAAAAAUAAAAAAUCUAUUUAAUGUAUA